CCCCAAGACACUACUUGCAGCUUUUAAGUGUGCUUUUGUAGAGUACUAUUUCUGGAGAGACUCAAACCUGUUCAAUAUGCCCACUUAAAGUCCAGUCCACCAGCAGGAGCAGCAAAGGGCUGUGGAAGACCGCCCGGCACACCCCAAGGCCAAAAGCUGCCCGCCUCUCUGGGGGCAGGCUCCGGAAGGGUUUGUGUUUUGGGUUUGCUUUCAGAUGUUUCUGUGUGUACGGUGUGUGUGUGCAUGCUGAAGGUAGCCCUCACCUCCGGAUUCCUCCCCACCCAGGCUAACAGACUCUGUGCUCUCAUUGCCUCCCCAGGAAAGGCAGCAGCAUGGCCAGUGUGCUUUCCCGGCGCCUUGGCAAGCGGUCCCUCCUGGGAGCCAGGGUGUUGGGACCUAUUGCUUUAGAUGGGUCAGGAGGAGCCGCCCAGCCCUCGGAACCUCCCGUGGAGCUGCUGGAGAGGGCUGCCCCGCAGCCCUUCCUCACCUACAAGGACCGUUCCUGCCAGGAGCAACUCAAGGAAGGCCUCCAGGCACCAGGCCUCUCAGGCCUCCAGCAGGUGGCUUUUCAACCUGGUCAGAAGGUCUGUGUGUGGCAUGGGGGCCAGGAGUGUGCAGGCCUGGUAGAGCAGCACAGCUGGGCGGAGGAUAAGGUGACGGUCUGGCUCUUGGACCAGAAGUUACAGAUCUGCUGUAGAGCAGAGGAGGUGUGGCUGGCCAGUCUGCAGGGUGCCAUUCCCCAGGCCCCACCCAUGGAGCAGGGUGCCCAGGCGCCUGCCUACAGGCCCGUCUCCAGGAACAUUGACGUCCCAAAGAGGAAGUCGGACGCAGUGGAAAUGGACGAGAUGAUGGCCGCCAUGGUACUGACCUCCCUGUCCUGCAGCCCAAUUGUGCAGAGCCCUCCUGGAGCUGAGGCCAACUUCUCCGCGUCCCGUGCAGCCUGCGACCUGUGGAAGGAGAGCGGCGACGUGUCGGACAGCGGCAGCAGCACCACCAGUGGGCACUGGAGCGGGGGCAGUGGCAUUUCCACCCCGUCGCCUCCCCACCCCCAGGCCAGCCCCAAGUAUUUGGGGGAUGCCUUUGGCUCCCCUCAGACAGAUCAUGGAUUUGAAACAGACCCAGACCCUUUCCUGUUGGACGAACCAGCUCCACGCAAAAGAAAGAACUCCCUGAAGGUGAUGUACAAGUGCCUGUGGCCAAACUGCGGCAAAGUCCUGCGCUCCAUCGUGGGCAUCAAACGGCACGUCAGAGCCCUCCACCUGGGGGACACUGGGGACUCUGAGCAGUUCAAGCGCGAGGAGGAUUUCUACUACACAGAGGUGCAGAUGAAGGAUGAAUCUGCUGUUCCUGCUGCCGCCGCAGGCACCCUCACCCCCGGGGCCCCUACCGCAGAGCCAGCUCCCACCCCCAGCCUGACCAGCACCCCCCUUGCCAUUCUGUCACCACCACCUCCCAAAGCCCAGUCCACAGGCCCAGAACACCCUGGCCUGGAGUCUUACCUGCCCGUGGAUGCUCUCAGCAAGUCGGCUCCUGGCUCCUUCUGGCACAUUCAGGCCGACCAUGCCUACCAGGCUCUGCCAUCCUUUCAGAUUCCCGUCUCGCCACACAUCUACACCAGCAUCAGCUGGGCCGCACCCUCCGCUGCCGCCUCCCUCUCGCCGGUAAGUGGCCCCCAGCACUUCCUGGGGCUUGGGUCAGACCUUGGACUCUUCCACAGACACCCCGCCCCUGAACUUCUCUAA